CGAGUGAAUGUGUUCGUGCGGAAAAAGCGACGGUAUAGUGAGUGUAGAUCGUAAGAAGCGACAUCGUCAACGAGAAAACGACUAUGUCACAAAUACAAGGGAGCUCCACCAGAUACGCCUUAAUAUUUGGGCUCCUUAUCUUGGCAUGCGGCAUAGCGGUGACAGUGUGCGGUAGCGUCUGGCUCUGGCAUGGAGGGUAUUAUGGAUAUGGAAUUUGGUCUGGAAUCCCGCUGAUGUUUGUUGGGGCCCUGGGAAUCUCUGCGAUGUCAAGAAAGAAAUGUGCGUUCCACUCGUACGUAGUGUUCGCCAUUAUCAUCGCUAUUGUGGCGGGCGUGCAGGCCGUGAUUGCAGGCACGGAGUAUAACAUAUGGAGACAGUUUAUAGGCCCAAGAAAGUGCAGUGUCUCGGGCGGCUUUUGUCAGUGCCAAGGAAUGGAGAGCGUCAGAAUUAAAGACAUGACGACGUGUGAUUGGAUUCCUUCUAUCAACAUGAUUCUUAUCGCUAUGACGGUUAUGUCUGUCCUCGGAGCCAUUCUGUGCCUCGCCGGAGCCAUCGUAGGAUGCAUUGGUCUCAGCACGGUGCCUCAGUCGGUUCCGACUACAUUGAAAAGACAGCAAAAAGCAUCAGCCGAGACGCUGACGCGUCUAAAUCCGAAGGAACCAAUCAAAUACAAAUUGGACGACGAUUUGGAAAAGAAAGGCUCGAAAGACAAGUACAUCGAUCGCUACGACAACCACAACGACAAAAGGGAUUACGACAAAGACACUUACGAUCAACGGGACGGUCGCGCCGACCGACGCGAUUCGUACGAUGAUAAGAAUAGACGAGACUACGAUAACGAAAGGGACCGUAAUUAUGACCGCGACAUGGACCGCGAUCGUUACCGCGAUCAGGACCGCGACCGUGACUAUGACCGAGACCGUGAUUAUGAUGACCGCGAUCGUUAUUACGAUGACCGCGAUCGUUAUUACGAUGACCGCGAUCGUUAUUAUGAUGACCGUGAUCGUGAUUAUGAUGACCGCGAUCGGGAUUACGACCGUGACUAUGACCGCGACUAUUACCGCGAUCGCGACCAUGACCGAGAUAACCGCUAUUAUGAGGAUGACAGACGAUCAAGACAUUCAUCAUACAGUGACAAGGAAAUCGACACCAAGACAUACCUGUAGCGCGAUCAUUUAUAAGCGCGUUCUUGUUCGUCACAUGUAUAAAUGUUUGGCCACCGAAUCCAAGCCAAUAGCGUCGUGGUACAGAUAAAUAAAUUGCCCGAAAACUAUUAUUCAGGGAUCCCACACGGUCAUACAAACACUCACGAGAAGGGAAUGGGCCGAUAAUCUUGCAAGCCACUUUGGCUAAGCCAUUGCAGGCAAGUGGAUCUAGUACACCAGAAUAGUUAAGCAUUCAUCCUAGAUUUAGCAAAAUUUUAUUUGGACUUUUACGUGUAUGUGUCACUUUAUAUCAUUUACUAUUUAGGCAGUUUCGUAAGUGGUUUUAAAUCAUAGUGUUUUUAAUCUCGAGAAAUGACAGUAGCUAUUUAGCCAGGGGUGGUUAGCAUUCCUUUCGAUUUUGUUUGAAGCAAGAUUUUAUUUACGUGUUACGUGUCACUUUAUACAAUGUAAAAUUUAGGAAGUUUUCAUAAACUGGAAAUAUUCGGUUGCAUAAUUGUUCUAACCAUGAGAGCGCGAUUGUCGAUGAAUACUCGGCUUCAUUCGCUCAGGACACGUGCCCACAAUUUGAGAUGCCAUUGGCUCUACACAUGACACGUGUCCAAAAUAUCGAUGCCUCAUUGGUUUAACACAAGACAUGUGAUCAGAAUACUGGGAUCUUAUUGGUUCAGUAGACGACACGUGAUAACAUAGUAAUUAUCACUGCACUGAGAGUUUCCAUCUCACCUUCAAUCAUUGUCCUACCCAGUACAACCGUAGUUUUCCUACAAAAAGUCACACAAGGACAAUAUGAGUAUCCCUAUUUAAUAAGGAUUUUAGAGUUUUCGGAACUGUCUACAAGAUAUUUUUCUUAAACAACAAUUAAGUUGUUUUACGUCGACAAUUGUGCACGUUUUAGACUUUUAUCACUACCGUCAAGAUUUUAGACAGCUUGAAAGUAACUGUAAAAUAAUACGUACAGCAAAUACUGUAAAGGGAGACUUAGAGAAGCAAUGAUCAUAAUGUUCUGGGGAAAAAGUUUAAUACACUUUUGCCCCUUCCCACCCCCCCCCCCCCCCCCUAGAGGAUACCAUACAGUGAUAUCUGGCUAUUAUGAAAUUGCACACAUAAGUUUGUAUUUCAAUAUAAAAUGGAAAAAAUAACCUACUAAGGGCAAUAGUGUAUAGGACAGUAUAUUGUAAAGUUAAGCUGAAAAAUAGCUGUAAACGUUGAUAUUUUCUCGAGCUGAAAUUUCUGCGCUUUUCCAGUUCCAUGUAAAUUGCCGGUAAUAAACCAGAUAUUCGUGGCAGUUCAUCAGUUUUAUUUGCUAAGGGGGAGUGCGUUACCAUAUGGAAAGUAAAGGAUAGGAUUUGAAGAUCCUUCAAUAAGAAAUUAUUCAUUUUUUGGCCGUGUUUACUACGAUUGUGUAUGCAUUUACAACUCAUUGAUAUCAAACUGUAAACGUCGAAAUACUUGCGCUAGGUUCAUACACAAGUCAAUUUAUAUUUUGUAAAAAAAAAAUAAGUAACAUUAGAAACAGUAGAAAUUUUCCAAUAAAAAUGUAAGAACAAGAGAAAA